UCAACAGCUGACUAGAUAGACACAUCCCUAGUUAACUCUAAUGACUGGUUAUUGAAGUAAGCCGAGUUUGUUGCUGUGGGAAAGGAAGCGGAGGUGGUCUAUCUGGAUGACGCUCGACCCUGGUACUCAAACUGUUCAUCCGCUAAACGCGCAUCUGUCAGCGCAGUCACUGCUCGCUUUUAAGACCAACACACAUAUGAGACUAGUCUAUUACCGACAGAAUGUCGCGGAAUGUCAACUUUUUGCGAUAGUUUACAAACUAAUGUUUUGUGCAUUGUUUCACCCCUUGGUCUAAGACUGGCAUCAAGUUCAGGGUUGGUAACAGGUGUCUGGAGAGGACUGGCUGUCUGGACAACAUGGAGCUGCUACAGCAGGAGAGGACAGGAGAGACAGUCAUCAGUCAGGACAGGGUCAAGGGACAGGAAGUGACCAAGUGCCCCGUGAACCUCCCAGAGUUCCAGACCACACAGCCACAGCCACAGCCACUACCCAAUGUUUUUACCCAACAGCCACUGUCUAAUGGGAAAGCCGGGGAACACACAGAGCUCCCUGGACCCUCUGUAAGGUCUACCAGAGCUGAUGGUGAAGAUAGCGAUGACUCUAUGACGGAUCUCAACACAACUGAUGACGCGUCACAUCUCCUACCAAACAGUUUACCAUCAAACCCAUACCAACUACAGAGAGUAGAUCUUCCCAGUGGGGUCCCUGUGUCGUCCAGUCCGAAAACUUCCCCCAAGACCCUGAUCAAUGGAGAUUCCCCCUCCCCUGUCUGUACCCCUCCAUCUGCCUCUCUUAACCAGAGAGGAUGGAUCCCUCCUCAGUCCCCUGAGUCCCCAGCCUGUGAAAGACACCAUGGACACCCUAUUAAAAAACAACACCUGACAUCCACCACAAGGAGCCAGAACUCAUUGAAAGCUGACGCCACCCAGAUAAAGGAAAUAGCUGGAGAUGACUGCUGUGUACACUGUGUCCUGGCCUGUCUCUUCUGUGAGGUGCUCUCCCUGUGCUCGGUGGUGGCCCAGUGUCUGGCGUGUGGAGAAGGCUGUGAGGUGCUGUGUUGCUGUGGGGAGGGGGCUGCCGGUGGGUUAGCCUGUGGGGAGGAUGCCUGCUCUGCCCUGUUGGACUGUGGGAUACUAGAGGACUGCUGCGAGUCUUCAGACUGUCUGGAGAUCUGUCUGGAGUGUUGUUCUAUCUGCUUCCCUGUGUAGAAGAAGAAGAAUGGAGGAAGAGGAAGAAGAAGAUUGGAAUAUUUGACAGGAAAGACAGGUGGAGUGGCUCUGUGUUAAGGCCUCCUAAACGGACUGAACCUUAAUAGACAGGAACAAAUGAUCACAACCACCAUGUUGAACUCUCUUUAUUACCCUCGUCGGACGUCUUUGCUCUACACUAACAUCGAUUAAAGUUUGGGUUUUGGGUUUAUUUAAUAUCAGUGUUUAUUUUGCAAAGCCAUUAGGCCACAGCAUUAGUUUGAGGAUGAGAUGUUGUACGGAGCAGUCUGACCAAUCAGGAUGAGAUGUUGUACUGAGCAGUCUGACCAAUCAGGAUAGGAUGAGAUGUUGUACUGAGCAGUCUGACCAAUCAGGAUGAGGAUGAGAUGUUGUACUGAGCAGUCUGACCAAUCAGGAUGAGAUGUUGUACUGAGCAGUCUGACCAAUCAGGAUGAGGUUGAGAUGUUGUACUGAGCAGUCUGACCAAUCAGGAUGAGAUGUUGUACUGAGCAGUCUGACCAAUCAGGAUGAGAUGUUGUACUGAGCAGUCUGACCAAUCAGGAUGAGAUGUUGUACUGAGCAGUCUGACCAGUCGUAAAAUUGUAUUAAUUCUCAAAAAUGGAAGGUUUUUUUAAUAGCAAGCUAGAACUAAAGGAUAAAUCCUAUGAAAGCUGAAGAAGGAAUGACAAGUCAAUGUUGAGGAAGUAAUGGGAUGGCUGUAGAUCACGACAGUUAACCGUACAGCGAUACAGAUGGAGGAUCUUCAUUUGAGCCAGUUUGCUACAGCAGGAAAUGAAUCCUGCAGCAACAGGAAAUGGGAAUUAUUAUCUGGAUUAUAAUUAAUGGACGUUUUUUGUUGUUGUAGGGGUUGAUACAGUAUUCGUAAGGGAAAAUCAAGUCUGUAAUUUCAUAGUGGAAAUUACAAUCUUUAUAAGCUUUUUUAAAAAAUCUCAAAUACAGCAUCUGUAUUUUUUUGUUUUUUUACAAUAUGAGAUUUAACAUUGGUUUAUAAGAUAUGUUUUUACAAUAUGAGAUUUAACAUUGGUUUAUAAGAUAUGUUUUUACAAUAUGAGAUUUAACAUUGGUUUAUAAGCAUCUUGUGCCACUUGCCUCUGUCUGGACUAGUACACACUAUACGUCAUCUAUGUGAAAAUUAA